GAUGGGCAUUAACUUUAGAGUAAAGACUGCAUUCCUGCAUCGGGAAGGUCAAAGGUUUUGCAGUAAAAGAGGUCUGAAAGGAGAGAGAGGGUAAGUAGUUUUUUCUUCUUUAGAAUGAGACUAUACUAUAGUCAAGAGAGAAUAUUUUGCUUUAAAAUGCUUUUUCAUACCUUUUACUCUAGGUUAGAAUCUUAUCCGCACUCGGCUAAAUUUCUCUUUUUCUCUAAAAGUGUAUUUUGCCUCUUCGUUAACAGCAUUUUUGUCUUAUUUGGAAUUUACAGAAAAAUUGUCGAACCUCAUAGCUCUUAGAUCCUUGGGGAAAAAAACUCACUUUGCCAUUCAACGGAUAUAAGAUUUAUUUUUGAAAUAUCAUUUUGUCAGAGGUUUUUUGCGUUGCCAACAAGAACAAUAUGGUCUGUCUCAAACAUUCCCGAAUAAUCUCGGCGAAACCUUCACGGUAUUUUUCUUACCAGUCAAACUUCAUUAUCCAGCGUUGAAUGCGGGGAAUAAGAAAUUUGCUCAUGAUAGAUGAUUCGAGAGAACAGAGAUAUUUAGUAUUAUGUUAAGUGGAAGAAGUAUUUAACGCGUCUAGAAUAUGACUUCGACAAGAUCGCACUCAAUUUGGAGAGACAUGCAAUAUCGUACAUCAAAAACGUGUCCACUUUAAAAUGGCUCAGUGCUGUGCCUAAAUGUGUCGGAUGUUUUUGUGAGAUAUCCGACUGCAUAGUAUGGACCGAUCUUGAAUUAUUACGCUAGGAAUGCAAUGACACAAGAAAGCGACCACAUAUCUCAGCCAUUUAAAAUUUAAAUAUUCAAACCUAGAUACACAAAGAUGUGUGCUUUGUAUGACACUUUUUGUUUUAAUUUGUCAACAACAGUCAUCCUUUGACAGUUCAGGAAUUUUAAAGAUAUUUUCUGUGAAAGUAAGGCCUUCGUAUAAACAAAAUUACAUGUUACAAAACUAUCUCGAUAACUAGUGUUAACAACUGAGUUGGUAACGUAAAUUGGGAGCUAUGGAGAGUUUAAAAGCUGACGUUUCGAGCGCUAGCCCUUCAUCAGAGCUCAGCCCUUUGUCAAUCGCUCAGACGAAGGGCUAACGCUCGAAACGUCAACUUUGAAACUCUUUUACGGUGACCAAUUUACUUUAACAACUCAGUUGAUGAUACUAAAUUACCCUGUUACACUCUCCCACCGACGCAGCACCGCAGUUUCUUUAGAAGCUUACCCUCUUUAUUCAUUCUCUCGGUAUUAAGUAAAAGACGUGGAUUCUAGAUGAAGAAACCUUCGCUCCCGUGUUUUCAAGGAAAUACCAGGCCUUUUCAAUCAUCAAUUACUGCUUUUUCGUAACAAAGACGGAGGGGGGGGGGGGGACGCCCUUAAAACUCUCACCUUUCCCGUCAAUUUUUACGCCUACUGGCUAGAUUUUUGGCGUUUAUUGUUUAUUACGACUAACAUGGUGUCCAAAUAUACUUUACAAACAGUUGUUGUUCUAAUGAUGGAGUAUUUUAACAGUUCAAAAUAUGCAGGUAAUAGCCUCUUCCUUACUGUUGCUCUCCAUCAUCGCUGUGUCACACGCACGGCUUCAACGUAAUUCAAAAAGAGGUGAGAUGAAAGUAACAAAUCUUUCAAGUUCCAUUACGCAUUAACAGUGCUGAACGUUGAAAUGCACUAAUUCACCUUACUCUGUUAUUUUAGAAACCAAAGAUGAACGAAAAAAAGUGAAUAAUCUUUUUGAGGACUUAGCAGAAGCUGGUAAGUUAAAUUAGACAAAAAUUCGAAACCUAAUUUCGUCUUAGCUCAAAGACAUGAUUGAUAAUUCGCGUUAAAUCUGUGUCGGCUAUAGAUUUACAAACGAUAUGAGGGUAUGAUUCCAGAAUUCUUAGAGGAUUAUUACGCUGUUAGACCCAUAGAAAAAUGAUGGACAGCCUUUUCCUUGGCUAGAAUAUUUUUUCAUUAUGCCACGUGCACUUUUGUCUUUUUUCCGACAAACUUACUAGCUGUUUUCAUGAAGUAGUGUUCCGUGGUAAAUUAAAUUUAACCUGUUUGUUUGUUUGUUUGUUAUCAAUUUUCACUCGUUUUACUUGGGCUAACUUACAUUACAUGUCCAACCACCUUACUUAAGUAUCAGGCAUGGAUGUUGAUUAACUCUCUUUUAAACUUUUCUCUCACUCCUUCCUUUCGGGGCCAAAAUUUCAUCCAAAAGGUAAAGGAAGAAAGAAACCCUAAAUGUACUCAGUCCUCCAAACUCCAGGCCCUGGUUGUCAAUUUAUAUUAGAGAAACUCCUUACUCUCUAUCUCCUAUACUUUAAGAUUUAAGUCUCAUAUUCUUCCAUAGCCUAGCUAAGCAAACUGAUAGAAAAAUGAUAACUCUCAGUAUUACAAUUUUUUUCUUCUUGGUUAUCCAGAGAAUCCUAUCAAAUUACGCAGUAUCUGCAAGGUUAACUAUGUGAAAGUCGGAUGCUUCAAAGAAGACACCAGCGACAGAGCGCUUUCACAGGAACUUUUCCAAGACAGGAUACCAAGCGACCCAAAUUACAGUGGACAAGAGGUGAACUGGGGCGACUACAGUACAUACCUCAAAAGGUGAACAGUAUAUAAAGUAAAAUAUUUCCACAACUUCAUCCUGUUUGCCAUAAAUUGAAAAUAUGGUCGCGAUCUUCAGAGAGAGACCAAAUAGUUAAAUACAGGGUUUUCAGAGCUUUACUACUUUCACUUCUUUUUUUUUUGUACAUCUUUACACACAUACUUUUUAUAUUUUAUGUUUUGGCGAGGCUUUUUUUCAACUUAAAAUUCGUGCGUCAUGUUAAAAUAAGAAGUCUUUCAAAUUUUCUCCAGAGGUCUUAAGAUAUAUCAAUAAAUAAACGUUUUAAAAUAGAUUGGCUCAGAACACAGGAAGGUUUAAUGCUUUUUUGCUGGAUCGCUUUUUGAGUAGUUUGUGAAGACAUCCCACGAGAUCGUUCUUUAUAUUCUUUCAUAAUCUCUCCGCUUCAUGAAGUUGUAGCUCCCAAAACGACAAAAAACUAAUGAGUGUAUAUUGCUACCUCUUACAGUCUGGCAUGCCGCUGCGCCAAAAGCAGUGCCCAGAAUGGUUCUACUUACUUUGGUCUCCAAGACUACGGACGAUGCUUCAGUGAUCCACAUGCCUCUACAAGUUACAGCACGCAUGGAGACUCGAGCAGUUGCUCUAAUCAAUACCACCAGCCGUGUGAUGACAAUGCUUACGGGCAGUGCGUAGGGAAAAACCAACAAGAGAAUUACAUAUACAAAAUCAGUAUGGAUGGUAUGCAAGACUCUUAAGUGUACUAUACGUACUCUACCUAAGGUUUUAUAUACAUUUUCCUUUCUGUUUUUCAGCCGGGAUAGAGAUGUUUUAUUGUUAUACUAAAGAGAGAGCUUGACUGUUUCAGAAUUCUAAGUGUAGCGAAACCCAACUGGGCCGGUUACUUACAAGAGGUCUAACCAAAACCAGGGUUUUACCCAGUCAGUGGGCUUCAGGCACUCUCUGUAAGUGGGUUGAUUUAAAUGAAUAAAUGUCCUUCCACUCACAGCUCUCGGCCCCCUUGACGCUGUUCACAAAAAUAAAUGUUCAGAUAAAAGGUUUAGCUAAAUUGAGGACUGCUCAGGACGCGGUUUUGUUAAACAACGGCUCAACUUUGUUUAAAUAACCAGACUAUAUGGGUCUAUAGGACUCAAGGUACAGGGCGAUUAAAUUACAAAUGAUGUUAUAUCCGUGAGUAAGCUUGUCUUGAGACCUCUUCCAGAUCUCUCAUAAAUGAACUGAGCUUCUGCAUUUUCUUGCCUCCCUGUCAAAUAUGUGAAAAAUAUACAGGGCAAAUAUACAAAUUAAUAUCUAAACAGAUAAACAAACAAAGAACUCAAGCAAGUAAAAUAAACCCUUUGAAUUACACUACCCAUCAUGUACGUUUACUUUUGCGUUGCAUAAGGAUUUUUUUUUUCUCACACUACUUUACAGAUGGCAGUGGUAAUGGCGAGAUUGAUUACGGCAACGCAUACGACCAAGUGGACCUUAAAGACUUGAAUACUUAUAAUUAGCCAAAUCCUGAUGGUAGAUAAACCCUCUUAAUUACAUUGUUAUCCUCCUUUUGUUCUUAGCCAGGCAUCGAGCUAUUUGCAUUCUGGAAUGUUCUUUUUUUUCAUUUACACUGGUGUUGACGAAUGACUUUUAAGAUCAUUCAAUCAUCUCUUUGCUGUGUAAGGAUGUUUAAAUAAACAGGAGG